UUUUAUAACUUCCCCCCACCCCCCUGUCAACUGCAUGUGGAUUCUGAACCAUCACGAAACUUUUUUUUGAUUGCUUUGUUUGUCUUAAAUCAUUCCCGUUGAGCGAAAGCAUCUCUGCAGUGGCGCUCGGACCGGGAUGCGGGUGGUCCUGAUUGUAAACUGAGCGCAAAACAAAAGAGACGUGUGAGCAUCGCCUGCAUCCUCUCUUUUGUCUUUGUUGCAUCUCUGCUUCUCUUUAUUUUUGCAACUGUCUCGGGGAUGUAAGAAGCCACUAUAAUACUUUUGGUUGUUUUUUUUUUUCUUUUUAUCAACAGAGGAAUUAAGUUUUUUUUUCUCACGAGGAGACAUCAUGGCGAGGUUUUUGUUGAACAUGCGUCUUGUUCUGGUUUUGUUCGGAUUAUUUUUGCUCUCUUCUCCAUCCGCAAAAUCCGAGCCGGAGCCGCAGGACGACGAGGAGGAGGAGAGUUCCUGCCAGGGCGCUUUUGACCUGUAUUUUGUGCUUGAUAAAUCUGGCAGUGUGAAGGAUCACUGGGAGGAAAUCUACUACUUUGUGGAGAAUUUAGCUGAGAAAUUCAAAAGUCCAAUGCUGAGGAUGUCCUUCAUAACAUUCUCCUCCAGAGCAUCCACUAUCAUGAAACUGACAGAAAACAGAAUGGAAAUCAGAAAGGGGCUGAAUGCUCUGAAAAGGGAGAUUCCAGGUGGAGACACAUUCAUGCACCUUGGAUUGCAGAGGGCAAAUGAGCAGAUAUACCAUGAGAACUUUGGCACGGCCAGCGUGAUUAUUGCACUGACAGACGGAGAGUUGCAGGAGCAUCAGCUCAUCACUGCACAGCAAGAGGCAGAGAGGGCCAGGUCUCUUGGAGCCAUUGUGUACUGUGUUGGUGUAAAAGACUUCAAUGAGACACAGCUGGCUACUAUUGCAGACACCAUCGAGCAUGUGUUUCCUGUGCUGGGUGGCUUCCACGCCCUCCGGGGAGUCAUUGAUUCGAUCAUCAAGAAAUCCUGCAUUGAAAUUUUGGCAGCUGAGCCCUCCAGUGUGUGUGCAGGAGAGUCUUUCCAAGUGGUGGUGAGAGGAAACGGUUUCUUCCAUGCCAGAAACAUCAACCAGGUGCUCUGCAGCUUCAAAAUCAAUGAUACCUUUACAGUCAACGAAACGCCGGUUGGAGUGGAAAACACAUUCUUACUGUGUCCAGCUCCUGUCAUCGAUGAGGUUGGGAAGGUGAUUUAUCUCCAAGUGAGCAUGAAUGACGGUCUGUCCUUCAUCAGCAGCAACGUGCACAUCACCACCACAGAAUGUUUUGACGGCACCAUUCUCCUCAUCACCCUGCUGGUGUUGUUCCUUCUGCUGGCCCUGCUCUUCAUGUGGUGGUUCUGGCCUCUCUGCUGCACUGUGGUGAUCAAAGAACCACCUCCUCCACCUCCUCCUGAGCCCGAGUCAGAUGAUGAAGAUGGCCUGCCUAAGAAGAAGUGGCCCACUGUGGAUGCUUCAUAUUAUGGGGGAAGAGGAAUUGGAGGCAUCAAGAGGAUGGAGGUGCGUUGGGGAGGAAAGGGUUCGACCGAGGAGGGGGCUAAGCUGGAGAAGCCGAAGAACGCCGUGGUGAAAAUGCCGGAGCAAGAGUAUGAACCCUUCGAGCCCAAACCUAAGAAACCUCAGAACAAGAAGCCGACUCAGAGCCGGAAGUGGUACACACCCAUCCAGGGUAAACUGGAUGCUAUCUGGGCUCUGUUUCGCCGCGGCUACGACCAGGUCUCUCUAAUGAGACCCCAGCCCGGGGAUCAUGGUCGUUGCAUUAACUUCACAAGAGUGAAGGAUCAGACAUCAGCAGCUAAGGCCCCACCUCGCACCCCAAUCGACACGCCUUCGCCCCCACCUCCGGACUACCGCCCCGUGACCCGCACCGCCUCCUCGUCUCCCACCUCCACCAGCCCUCCUGCCAGAUCACCCCCGUCAGGCCCGCCACUCCCAAGUCAGCCACCAGCCCGCACACCCCCGGGGCUUCCCUGUCCACCGCCAUCGCGUCCCCCGCCCAGCCUCCGACCCUGAAUCACAUAGACAAACCCUUCUCCUACCCCCCAAACGCACCCGCUUUGAUACAAAGACUUACCGCUCGGUUCACCAGUUCUUUCAGUUUGAAGGCUGUGGUCCUCGCUGCCAAAGAUACUCCUGCUAUAAGCCAAAGAUAUUGAAUCCCAGUCACUCUGUGUUCCUCUUCUUGUAUGGGAAAGAGUGUCAAGUUAAACUGUAAGCUAGCAAUUUAAGUCAUUUCACACAUGCUACCACCUAGCAUGAUAAAUUCUGGUGGAAAAAAAUGUUUGAAUACCAGAGAAACUUGUUUUGAAAACUGAAAGUUUACUAACCGCGAUGCCCAUUGAGUCGUUUUUUAUGUACCAAAGUGAAGGGUUGACCCCAAAUCAUUGAAAAAGGUCAUUUUCUACAGGGUGUUAGUAUUUGCUAGUGUGCAAGAAAAGUUAUUUGGACAAGCAGUUUGACAUAACGCUCUGUCCCAUACAGAAUGAAUGGGGUGAUUCGGAGAAAUAUUUUACUUUGUGUUGGCGUUUGUGAGAUCAGGGAGGGUUGUUGCUGGACAGCAAAGCAUGUUGGGACAGGAAGUCCACAGAAGAAUACUGCAAUGGAUGAAAUUUCUUUGUUGUUUUCAUCAACUACUGAGUUAUGCAAUUGUUAUUGAGAAUUAAGGUGAAAAGUAGGUUGUAGAUGGAAAUCCGAGUGACCAGGUUAAGCUCUGAGCAGAAUGGAUUGGCUUAUUUCUACAUUGCCAUGAGGUUUUGGAAUUGGAUUUCAGAGCAGUUUCAAUCGGUCCUGUUUUUUAAUGGUUUUGAGUAACUAAGAAAAAACAAAUGUGAUUUGCUAAAAAUGUAAGUUUUGAACAUUUGUUCUGAGCGAAAAGUGAAUUUUUUUUCUUCACCUUUUUGUGAUAUUUCCUUUAUCCAAAAACAUGCUAACCCAACAAAUUCCAACCCCUUAAUACAGAAAUUAUACAGUUACAUGAUUUUGUGAUCCAGUCUUUGCACCAUUCAGUGACAGGGAAGUGUACAGAUGUUAUAUGGAAGGUAUGUUUUUACAAUAUAUGUUUGAGAUGCAUUUUUGAAUGCUACAUUGGUUGAUGUCUUCGAGGCUUUGGAUUUUGUCCUUUACCACCUUUUCAUGUAGUUGAAUUUAGAUUACAGCAAUAUAUAUUUUUUGUUUUUUGUUUUUUGGUAUCUGCGCACAUAGACUGCUGGGCAACUACAGUAUGUAUUUGUUUUUUUUUAGUAUUGGGACAUUGAAACUCAUGAAAUCAAGCAACCAAAAAUCAGGUUAACGUCUCUCCUCACAUCUUUUAUACACAAUCCUUAUACUGUACUUUGAUACCAUUAUGUGUGUUUAUGUCUUCAGUUUUAUCAUCACCGGUCACAUUGCAGGUCACAGUGCAACUGCAGGGCAGUUCAAAGAGCAUCUAAUUUAUUUUACUCCCCGAGAGAAAUAGAGGAGAGUACUUGAAUAUUGACAAGGUGUCCAACCACCAAGACGGACACUGUGCGCAGAAUUUAGAGACACAACAGCUAGCCAGUUAAAAGUCAUAUAAGGUUUGCCAGCAUUUCUCAACCCCUCAGCUACACUGAAAAAACAUUUGUGAAACUGAAAGUGAUGCAUUUGCAUUUUAUGUUGUGUAAAUUGGAAAAAAAAACUGAAAAUUGUGUCAAUUUUGAUGUGCAUUAUGCCUCCAUAGCUCUUUUCUAGCAGGUGAAAAGACACUGCUAGUGAUUACAUGCUAAAGUGGGAAAAAUGGGGAACAUCAUCCCCCCAAAAAAUAAAAAGAAAGAACAGAAGUAAGAUUUUGACUUCAGGGUGUAGAAAAGCAGUUGAAAAAUGUUGGUAUUCCUUCUAUAUCCAGUGCCUUCUGGAAUUUUCUUCUUGGAUUUUUUUUUUAUACUUUCAUUUUAAUGUACGUCAUUCAGGUAUGUCCUGUACCGUUGUGUUACUACAUGCAUUCGUAAUCGGUCGCAGCAUCUUAAAAGAGGUUCCACUGCUGAGCUAAAGAAAAGGUACAUAUGUAAAUUGCUUCACAAAUGUGUUUAUAAUCCACAUCCACAUUUUCACUGAAAAUGCCUUUUAGUCUUGCUUAAAAUUUUUAAAUUAACCUGCUGGAGUUGAAACAACUAUUAAUAACAAGGUGUUACAUGUAAAAAUUGUCAAAUUAAUUGUGCUACAUUGCCAUAAUAACUGUAAACAAAAUGAGAUCAGGGCAAGGUAAUCAUUUAUGUCCCUAGCAAUAUGUAGCAUCAAAUUUGACUGCAUUUCCAUAACCCUUGUAGCUUCUGAUCAUAAAAAGGAUGUCUUCAUUACCUUCAUUACCUUCAUUACCAUGUUAUUUUACAAGUCUGUAAGUUCAGAAUAGUUUCCUAUGAAAAUUCAUAGAAAGAACUGUGUUCAUAGAAAACAUUGAGACAGUGUUGGAAUGGUACACCUACAAUCAAGCUUUUCCAACUGAUUGGUAGCUUAACCUACAGAGACUUUUCCACCAGACACGGCCCUCUGACGUAAACCAACGCAUAGUAGAAGCUGAUAGGCUGACAGGCUUUUCAUUUCAUUUAUUUAAAGUAAAACAUAAAAAACAGAAUUCAUAAAACCUUUGGCCAACAUAUCUUUUGUCCAUCAGUAUUACCUUUGACAUGGCACCACCGAGAAAUUCUCUGUGCCUUAAAAAAUAAAACCCAGAAACACAAUUGUAUUUUUUUACAUUGUAAUUUGCUGCACCAUCAAACUGCACCUUGGUUUGACCUCCUCCGCCUUCCUCCUCUCAUGUUGCUAAAUGAUCUAAGCUCCCUUUGAAACUAAAGAGGAUCUCACCAACUCAGUUGAGAUUUAUUAAUGACACCAUGUAAAUGAGAAAGUAGGAGUGGAUGUAUUUCAUUUGUGAAAAAAACAUUCAACUUGAAAGUUUGGCUAGCGAUGCAAUACAGUAUUACCUUGGUCUAAGCAGUGCAUCUUUCCCAGUUUGCUCUAAUAAUAAUAAUAAUAACUCUAUUAACAACCAAGAAAAAAUGAUAGUACAAAUGCAGUAUAGAUGCCAGAUCAGUGCUUGAAAGGGAACUUCUGCUUUUGUUAUCGCUGUCAGAUCAGUCAUCCCGAGAUGAGUUGAGAUGCAUUACAUUAACCAGUGUUUUUUACAUGUAUAAACAGCAGUACUGAAGCAAAUAUGAAAGACGUAUAUGAUUUUCUUUGUUGUUUGACAUGACUUUUUUUUAACAGUAUCAAUAAAGGUUGA